UUCAGUGUGAACAGGUUGCAUGAUUUGUCAUUUGAUUACAAUUUCUGCAGAUAUAAUUAUAUGCCAGACCAAUGCUUGCAGAGCAUGACCAUUUGCCUGGGUAUGCAAGUCUUGGUGAUCAUUUUAAACUUGCUGGAAUUCUGCAUCACUGUGUCCCUUUCUGCCUUUGGAUGCAAAGUGACCUGUUGCAAUCCCAGUCGGGUUAUGGUAAUUAUGCCUUCAAGUCUUCCUGCAGUAGGAACAGCAUCUCCAGCAUCACUUCAAGGAGGUUUGAUGAUGACAUCAGCACACCAAGAGAAAGAUGUUCCAGAAAAUAUGCACUGAUUACAGUGCCAGACCCCCAUGGGAAAACAUCAGAAUAUCUGUUGUGUAGGUGUGCGUUGUGUGUAUAAAUUCAGUUUAAUUGGUUCUCUACCAGAAUAUCAAAUGUUGAACAAAUAAAUCAUGUGAUUAAUGGUAAACAGCACUUGGAUUUUUUAGCCAUACUCAAGACAGUAAAAAGCAUAGAAGCUUUGACAAUAUGUAAACAGUUAUCAUGGAGAUGUGUAAAGUCACGCCUCCAUGUUAGUACAUACUUCGCUGAUUAGUGUUUUCCAUUAUUUGACUGCUUUAUAUCUGUUGUCAAGUACACAAUGCUUUUUGUUUUCUUCAAGAA